UAAACAAUACUCGGCCUGCUUAGCAACGUAGGUCGUCAGGCAGGAGCGUCUCAUAUAACUAUAACCUUAAAUUUUACAUGGAAUUUGGUCAUACUUACUGCAAGUUGUUAAUUUAAAUUUUUACUUACUGUCUUGUUACUCUCUUUGCAAUGAUAACAGCGUGAGAACAGCUUUGUGGUGAAAUUCUGUGCUGGAUUAGCUUAGAAACGCAUUUUUGUUGUGUCAACAAGUAUGAUUUCAUAAUGGUUAAGAGGUGUUGUUAUGGUCUGUGUGACACGGACAGUCGGUAUGAAGAUAGACUGAAGGGUGGUGUGUACUUUAUUCCCUUCCCCAAGAAAAGCAACAAAGAGAAAUGUUUAAAAUGGAUAAAGGCCUGCGGUCGACCACACUCACAGCUUAAUGUAGACAAAAUCAACAGGAGCACUUACAUUUGUUCAAAGCAUUUUAUUAAUGGUGGUCCUUCAGAUAGAUACCCUGAUCCCAUUCCAACUGAAAAUUCUCCAUCAAUCACCACAAAGCAGAAACUCCGAAGGAAAGGAAAACGCCUGAUUAAAAGUAACGAAAAAAUCCCAUCUGAGCAGCUGAAGGAUGAACCACAAAAUAUUAAAAGAACAAAAUGGCAGCCAUCACCAAUAUCUCUAUUGGACCCCUCCAUGGACACUGUUGUAUUGCAGAACCUUGAGAGAAACCCACAGAAAACAGAUGCCAUCCAGCUGAGAGAAGGUGCACUAGCAGGUAAAAGUGAAUGUAAUAAAUCACAGGAGAAUGUAACUGAGGAGAGUGGAGUCAGAAAGCAGCAACUCAGAGCACUCUCCUGUGAGUCUACUCUUCAAUUUCUCAAAGAUCCCACACAUGUCUUUAAUGGUGAAAAAGUUCAAUUUGUAAAAUGUUUAAGGGAAGCCGAUCAAAUUUUUGAUGGUUUAAAAAAGAAAGAAGUGUGGAGGCUAAUAUACGAUUUUGCCGUUAAGUAUAACAACAUUAUUCAUAAUCCUAUAUGUGAUUUUGAUGGAUUAGGUGACUCAUCAUGGUUUCAGAAAUUUAUCGAGAGACACCCCAAUGUGCCUAUAAAGAAAAAAAAUAAUUCAAGGGCAUCCCAGAAAGUAAAUUUGAACUCUAAUAAUGUUAAUACUCUUCAAGACACAGUGCCAGAUUUGAUACUUGCUGGCAGUGACCCAGUGACAAACUGCAACAUACAGAUGGACAAUAAUAAAAACUCAAAUUCUUCACCAAAGAGUUGCCUCAUAAAAAAGGACCACCCUCAUGUACCUGAAAGCAAAAAUAGUUCUUUUUGGUAUAAAUGGCUUCAUGAUGUAAUAGGAGAUAAUGUGAAAGAAGAUGACAGUGUUGUGUUGAAUAGUGAUGUGUCUCAGGGUGAGUGUAGUGGAAAUUAUGGAAGCAAUCAAAGUGGAGUUAAUGGAGAAACUGUUACUGUGAAGGAAGAAGAUUUUGUUGCCAUGGAAGAAAAUAGUGUAUUUGUAAAAGAAGAAGAUCUUUUAGGCAAAGGCAGUGAUAGUGCAAUUAUAAAAGAUAUUUCUGAAGAGGAAAAUAUUAUAUUUAUAAAAAAUGAAGAUAUUCAUAAAGAAGAAGAAAGUAUAUUUAUAAAAAAAGAGGAAGCUUUUGAAGAGGCUUACGAAGAUGCUCUCAUGAAUAUUGAAGGCCCUGUAUGUAGUAAAAAGAGGAAUUCUUUAUAAAGAAUAAAGAGAACUUAUUUUUACAGGAAGAAACCAACUAAUUUAUAAAGGGACAAGAGUAUGAACAUAUCAAGGAAAUGAUUGUAUGGGACUCAGAGAAAGUGCUACAGGGUAGUGCUUAUAAUGGAACAUAAGUGGGCAAAUGUGUUUCAAGGGAGAAGUUGGUUUGUUUCUUAAAAAAAAAAAAAAAAAUCAAGGAAAAGAGAAAAAUGUCAGUCAGGAAAAUAUUAAUUUUUUUCAAGAAAGAACUUCGUAAUAAAUGCGAUAGAAUAAUACCUACCUAACAGCUAUAGCAGUUGGUGUUGAUUCAUACAGUUGACCAAAACCUCCAUAUUUCAGAUUAAUAAGGGCUCUACCCUUACCAAACUAAGACAAGUUCCAAAUUAUGAUCAAUUGUAAGUCGAGAUGUAUUUUUAUAAAUAUUUUAUACGUAUUGGUACAGUUUAUAGAAUUAGUAUUAAGCAACAAAGAUUAUUUUUUGCAUUGAGAUUAGCUAGAUGAAUUUUGUUAAAUUUCAUUGUUUUUGUACAUAACCGUAUAUUAAUCUUUAAAAACAAUAAUGUAGUUUAGCCAAUAGGUUAGGUUUCUAGGUAUAUAAUGUAUAAAAUAUGGUACAGUAGACCCACAAUAUAGCAGGAGAUUGGGGCCAAGAAUUCAUCACACAUUACUGUAUCGUAUUGUUUUGUAUAGUAUUUUCAUCGGAAUUAUAAGGUAUGUGCAAGCAGUUCCAAAGGAUUCAGCAAAAAAAAUAUCUUAUGACAUCUUUUUCUCACUUCAUUCCUACCGGUAAGUCCCUUUCAUAACACAUUUUAACAAAUUAUAACUCACAUUGUGUCUAAACAACUGCCUUGGGAUGAUCUUGAACUGUAGGUGAAUUGCAUAGAUGCUGCUUGUCAAUGCUAGCAGAAGAUACACCAAUCCUGCCAUCUGGUGGGGCUGGGGAAAUGUUAGGUUUCUUCAGCUAGGUACAGUAAUCAAUUGUCUUCGUUUUAUAUUAAACCUUCAAAAACAUAUUCGAUUAAACUUACUAAAGAUAUUUAAUGUUUCUCUAAGAAAUUAUAUAUUAAAAACAUAUUUUAUGGUAUGUACUAUACCAGUGUUUAACAGUACAGUAGCUUACUGGUAUUACCAAGGAAACCCUCGGCUAUGAUCUUGGUUGUAAUUACAUAUUUUCUUGGUUGGAUUAAGAGGUUUUAAACAAGUUUAGUAUAUUUUAUUUAUAUCUAUUAAAGAAAAAAAAUCAAAUAGGUAGACAGAGCCAAAUGAGCUUGGGAUGGUAAUGUGAAUUAGUGUUCUCAAGAGACCUGUAAACACACUUUUGUUGUGAAAUUCUUCAGAUGAAUAAAAUGUUGCAAAUUAUUUCAUUAAAAUUUUUGUCCUUUUAUUUAUUUAAUAAUAAAUGUUAAACUGUU